UGUACACGCAAUUAAUUCGGUUCUUCAGAAGCCAGUUGUUUAGAAGUCUGUCUGCCGUUUGAUUCUUCAUUUGCAAAAGCAAAAUGGCUGAUAUGUCGAGCAUGUCGAGCAUGUCAAGCAUGUCAAGCAUGUCGGAGAUGUCCGGCAUGAGCGAAAUGUCCACAACCGGAGGUGCUGAAGAAAAGUGGACAAGAAGAAAGUGAAGAUGCUCGCGGCCGUUCUCUGUCUACUGUUGCUAGGGAUUGUAGUAAUCGUGGCUGUAGCGACGUCCGGCUCCUCCAAGGAUUCAGGAGGCGACGACACCACUGAUGAUGCGGCGGAAGACUACUACCAGCCAGGCGGAAGCCAGGGAGGCAGUGAUGUUCUACCGGCUGAAACGACUAUAGUGCCAACAACGACGACGACGACGAGCACUUCUACGACGACUACGACAACCACUACGACAACCGAAAAGCCUCAGCUGCGAUCGAAGCCAUCUCUCUGCACGGUGACACUACCUGUCCCCACAAGAGCAAGGUUUCCUUCUUUGGCGCUCUGUGAUUUGAUCUUCUUCACACACGUUGUCUUCGACGACGCAACCACGAAGAUCAGGGCUUCCACCAAGCAGUUUGAGCCCACCAGCUCCAGCUUUGAGGUCUUCAAGGACUUCGCAAAUUCUGCAAAACAGAUUCCGCGUUCGUCGCAGUUUGGCAUAUCCGUAGACGCUGGGUUCUUGGGAGCCUUUAAGAGUAAACUCGAAUCAACUCUUGGUGCGAACGAAUUUAACCACCUUAUCGACAACAACAUCAAGCAUUUUGGGGUUUUGAGUGUUUUUGGCGGCUCAGAAACAACAACGCGCGACCUACUCCAGAAGUUCCGAAGUAUGUGCGACCAACACGAUCCUAAUCCCGGCGUUAAUCACAAAAGCCUCAUCGUGAUCGGCAUAACAGCACGGAGAGGGGCCAACCAGUUCAAGAGAUGGAUGGAGCACGUUAAGAAUUUCCCUUACGAUAUCAUCCUCAUCCAUACCCACGUAUCCUACUGGGAUACCACAAGCUUCACUGGAACCGCUGGGGCCAGUAUUUGGGACAGCUCAUCCUUUCAGCACUGCAGUAUGAAGGCAGUCAUCUCAGAUUUGCAGUCCACGAGCUUUGACCUGAGCAGGAAUCCUGUUUACAUGUUGACGCUCGGUCUAGCAGUUCAGAUGUUUCGCCUUCCGUCUGACUGGCCUUCUGGCUCGACCACGACCGGCUCAAGCAAGAAGGCAACGAGCAUGACAGUAGCUGAUUACACCGGGGCCUGUUCCACUGAUCUCGCAACACCGGUUAUGUCCACUCAGGAAAAGUACAUGGUGUCCUAUAACAACAUGAAGUCAUACCAGGUCAUCUACGACGACAAACAAACCCUAUUAAUAAAGCUCCGAGAAGUGAAAAAAGCAGUGGCCGACAUCUCUGGGCUCCCACGACAAGGAUGGGCGAUCUUCGACGUGGACAGAGACUCUUUCGACUGGAAUUGUCCGAAUAACAACGACAAAGUCAGGGAUCGUCUGCAAACUGUCAUCGAAUUCCUUAAAGCGGAGGGCGCUGAUGUCCUUCCUCCGCAUCACUAGCUGUUUUUAUAUUGUGACUGCAAAAAAUAAAAGAAGAAACUGAAGAAAUGUGA